CGGGAAUAUGUGGCCUUCUGCAACUUGUAUUUUAAUAUACUAUACUCGUGGACAAAAUUAUCGCACCAUAUCUUAUGGUGAUGCUUAUGUGCAGUGGUGCGAUAAUUUUGUCCAGGAGUAUAGUUCAACUAGUAUAAUAUUUUGAUUUUUGGAAUUUUGCUAUGUAAUUUAAAUUGGACAAGGAAAAACACAUUAAAAUUUUUUAGGAAAUGCAAGUUGAUAAGGAUGGGUUUUGCAUUCCAUUAGUUCCUGUUCUAACUCCUGGCCGUUUGAACAACUUUACAUCCAAGCAUCAGGACCUUAAACAGUUUUUACAUAAAAAUGGUGGUUCUCAUAUUUUGAAUGAAUAUGACGAGAACGGAAUACUGUCCGAUAGGAUGAGGAGGGAUUUAGUAAAUCUAACUGAAAUAUUUUAUGAUGACUCUCAAAAAACGCCAAGUGGAUAUUUGGCUUGGCGUCUUCGAACUGUGAUGAGAAGUAGGGGUAACAUAAGAAAGAGAAAAUGUGAUGAUGGAAUAGAAAAUAGGGUGCCAUUUAAAAAGCCGAAAAAUAUUGAAAUAAGCACAGAAGAAGAACGAGACAUAGAGUUUUUAAAAAAUUCAAAUUACAAGACUCAGAAAGAGGAGAUUUUUAAAAAAAUGAAAAGCACAAUUAAUGUGAGAAAACAGAGAAAUUUUACACUUGAUGAUUUUCCUCGAUUUCUCGACACUGAUGGCUUGAUUCAUCAAGAUUUUAAUUUGCUUUAUCCUGAUUCUUGUCCAUUUGCCCCAAAAUUUGAGAAAUACUUAGACAUUAUCUUUAAAGGUGUAUGA